CCCUAGAUGCACCUGCCUGUAAGAAGUCCUGCUUGUCACAAUGAACGUUCUCCUGGGAAGACUUGUGAUCUUUGCCACCUUUGUGACUUUAUGCAAUGCAUCAUGCUAUUUAAUACUGAAUGACAUAGUUCCAGGAGAGUCAACCAAGGAAUGCACGGAUCUUAAAGGAAACAAACACCCAAUAAACUCGAGGUGGCGGACUGACAACUGUGACAUAUGUGCUUGCCGAGAGAAAGAAAUAUCAUGUUGCUCUCUUGUUUCUACACCUGUGGGUUAUGACAUACACAAGUGCCGGAAAAUCUUCAACAAGGAGGAAUGCAAGUUAAUUGUGGUGGAGAAGAAGGACCCAAAUAAGACCUGUGAUGUCAGUGGAUGUGUAUUGUAAUGUGCGUCUUGUAGGCACAGGGCUCCCAGGCCAGGCCUCAUUCUCUGGCCUCUAAUAGUCUAUGAUGGUGUAUCCCUGCCUAUCAGUAAAAGAUUUUUGAGCAAA